AAAGAAAUGGAAUCAUCAGAUGUGAUUGUAAAUGAGAAAUCAUUAUCAGCUGGGAGUGAAAAUAAGCAAUUAAUGAUCAUAGCAAUGAAGGGUCCUUCAAAUUACAAGAAGAGCCAAGUAGCUUAUAAACUAGCCAGGUCCUUUCAGUGAUUAAUGAUCAAAGCCUCCUCUCAAUGAUUUCACCUGUAUCAUAACUGGGUCAACCUGUGGUAUUGGACUUGAAAUAGCCGGGCAAUUGGCUUUCUCCGGGGGCACGUGUGAUUAUGGCUUUAAGGAACAUAACUAUAGCCUAUGAUUUGAUCCAGGAUGAAAGGCAGGACGAAUUGAAUUGAACAGGCCAACUCAAAGUUGACGCAAUGGGGCUGAAUCUGCUCUCCCUCAACUCUGUGGUGAAAUUUGCCGAGCAAUGGAAUUCGCGUUCGAAACCUGCUCUGCAAGUUCUUGUCAAUAACUCCGAAAUAUUAUCAAUAAAAGAGCCACAGAAAUUUUCAAAAUAUGGGUAUGAUGCACAUAUGCAGGUUAACCAUUUUGCUCCCGCAUUGCUUUCUAUAUUGCUUCUACCAUCUCUCCUAAAAGGCUCUCCAAGCCGGAUUGUUAAUGGGAAUUCUAUUCUGUAUUCCAUGGGCUAUGUUGACACCAAUGACCUGAAUUCCACCCAGAAGAAGCUGAAAUAUAAUAGUUCAAAGGCAUAUUCAAAGAGUAAGCUUGCGCAGGUCAUGUUUAGUAGCAUCCUGCAGAAAAACCUGCCUCUUGAAGCUGGUACCAGUGUGGGAUGUGUUUCCCAUGGAAGAGUCCUCCUCAAAUGGUGAAAGUUGCUCAACAAGCCAUUCCAUGUUUCCCCUUUAGUCCUCGAGAACAACUACAACUUUUGGCUCGCAAGAAAGGCGAAUAACUGCAACUGAAUCGACAGAGACGGACUUAUAAACUUAGCACAGCGCUCCGCUCCUUCCUUUCACAGCGAGGGCUCAUUGAAUUUGGACAUGACUGGCCUUCCUCCUGACGCUGUGGAGAGAAUUCUCCAAGGCAAAGAAGUCGAGUGUCGACUCAAAAACAACUGGCAUGGAAUUUUUCUUUUUUCGACAGUUGCAAAUUAAGGUCUCUUUUAGGCAAUCUGUUCAUGAAAAUUGUUAUCGUUCAAGAAAAUUUAAUUAAAUUUUUUUUGU